AUGACAGACGUCAAGGUUGACGCAACGACUGCUUCCAUUGCGCUCACCGUUUUCGUUCUUAUCGUGACCGGACUUCCGUAUCUGCUUCUUUCAAAAAGAUAUUUGCAAUAUAAUCCCGAUCGUGAAAGGAUUGACUCGACACAGAUACCUACGAGGAAAAAUGAGCAGAGAAGUGGGUGGGCAGAUUCGAGGAUUCAGCUUCUCACAUCUUCCCUGAGCACUCAGCGCACGUCUGUGCCUGCGGAAGUUAUCAAGAAUGAACCCCAGCUGAAGUCGAUGUCGAGUUACAGCUUCCGUAUCUCUGACAUACCAUCCUCCAUUUCGGAAGAUCAACUUCGCAUAUUUUUGGAAGAGUUGACCAUCACAAAUGGGGAGAGAAAGAAUGGAGAAAGCGUCCUGAUACUGUCUCUGGCCAAGUCCUGCUCGGGGACCGAUUCGACACGAUAUCAGAUAGCAACAGUUACCUUCCGCCAGGUACCAGGGAGACUUCGCUCGUCUACGUCUCAAUUCGAGACUGUAUCAAUUUUGAUAACGACAGGAGAUAAGUCUACUGAAGUCACUUUUGAUUCUCAUUUCCUUGGCCUAACACCGCUAUUCGGUGCUCAAACCCCCGCGGUUGAGUAA